AUGGCACAAGUACCUUCAGAAAUUCAAGAUAUUUAUCCAAAAGAUGGAUCUCCUGUUUCAGAUGCCUUAGUCAAAUCUCGACCAUGUGAUAACACACUCCUUGAGGACACGGGGCUAAUGGCUAAGGUUGAGGAAACUGCUUUUCAGCUUUUGUGUCAGCAGUCCCUGAUAACCCAUCCAUGCUGUGCACUUCGUGUCAAUGAUCCACAGGAAGAUAGUGAUUUUUUUUCUUUGACCUUUCCCAAGAAACUUUGGAAAAUAGUAGAGAGUAACAAAUUUAAAUCUGUCUGUUGGGAUGAGGAGGGAACUUCUAUUGUGAUUAAUGUGGAGCUUUUCAAGAAAGAAGUUUUGGAAAGAAAGCCCCCAUUCCGAAUAUUUGAAACCAGUAGUAUGAAAAGCUUGGUUCGACAGCUUAAUCUUUAUGGAUUCAGUAAAGUGCAGCAGAAUUGUCAAAGGUCUGCUUCUCUGGAUGACUUCAUGGCAGAAGAAAAAGAAGGCUCAGCUAAAGUAACUAAAUUCAAGUUCUAUCGUAAUCCAAAUUUUAUACGAGGUCAUCCCCAUCUGUUGUUGAGAAUGAAAAGAAGAGUUGGAGUUAAAAAUGCUUCUCGAGCAACUGCUUCAUUGGUUCCAGAAUUCAACUCUACCCUCAGAACGCAGAGUAACAUUUAUAAACACAACUGUGGUUUAGUUGAUGAAGCUAGGGAACAAAGUUUACUUUCCACCUCUGCAAAUUUAAAUGUGCCUCAGAUGAACAAGGCUCCCACUGGCCAAGGGAUGACUUGCACAAACUAUCCAAUGGGAAGUGAUUUUUGUCCUCCCUCCUCAUAUUUAGUUAGGCCAUCAGAACAAAUGCCCACAGUUCAAUACUCUAUUUCAAGUCAUUUCUCCACUUUUUAUAUGCACACCCACUGCAGCUACUCUCAAGCCAAUGGGAACAAUUUGAAUUUCAUUUCCACUUCUAGCCCUGAGUUCCAGAUCGUAUCUCCUCUCCACAAUACUCAUUUUGGACUGCCCAUGGAGCACCCUAAUUGUCUAACUGACCAUCUGAAUUUCUCAGCCAACCAGUCUUGUUAUUAUAACCUGUUACCAACAAGACACCCAUGGCUCCCAACAUCCAAUGUGACUAAUAUAUCCACUGAUUCACAGUCAACAUCAACUUACCUUCCAUCUUCAAUAUUACAAUGUAAUCCUAAGGACAAAUAA